AUGGACGUCCACGCGCGCAAAGACGUCGGCCAUGACUGGACGCAACCGUUCCUACAGCAGCGCGGUCGCACCAAUGUCCUCCUGGCACACCAGUGCCAGCAGCCGCAGCGGUUGAUGUUUGUGAGGAAGACGCGCAGCCCCAGUGACCACGCGAUCGCUGAGCAGGAGAACAUUGACUGCGACGGCUACCUUGACCCAGACACCACCCUCUCAGUAUGCUCGCCGCCUUCCAAAUCCUCUGUCUGCUCAUCUCCUAUCUCAACGGAUCCCCUCGUUGACUUCCCCGAAGCGGACUCUGUCCGCUGCGCCCACGGACACCUGGCGGAGGACAUUGGCACUCCCUACCUCACGAACGCCUUCCAGCAGUCUAUCUCCUCCACAUCUCCAUCCAAUCAGAGUCAGGGCACGACGCUCGCGUCCGAGCCCGUAUCGCCGUCCUCGCCUAUCAGAUUUUACAUGCCGUCGCCCGUCUCCCCACCUCCAAUGCGUCCGUAUCCGUACCAGGCUCCCCGCGCGCUCCCACUCGCGGGUGCCCGCGACCGCGCACACCUUCUGCGUAGCGGCGCGGCGCCCGUUGUCUCGUUCAAGGUCGCGCAGGCUGAGCGUGCGAGCAUAGCGCCUCGCUCGCCUGCGCGGGGCCGCUCGCCGUAUCCGGGCGUUGCGCAGCGCACCCGCCAGCGUCGAGGCUCGAGCGCGGGUUCCCGUGCGCCGACCGUAGUCGGUACGGGUCGCGCCAUUGGCAUGCGUGGCGUGCGGGGCUCGUCGAUCGUGCUCAGCAACGAGGACAUCGAGCGGUCGCUCGAGAAGGAAGACCGCGCGCGUGAGCGCACGCGGGAGAGGGAGAAGCGGGAGGGGGACACGGAGGACUGGGAUUGCGAGAGAGGGCGGACGAGGGGUCGUCCGCGGGGCAGGGGCGUUGGCAUCGGUAUUGGCAUCGCCGGCCUGAGACCCGCCCCGGGCUACCUCUGA